UGUCAGCUUUUCCACAAAAACAGAGCUUCUUUGAAUUGCCCACCACCUACAACACCACCUUUCCUCUUUCCACUCUCUCUCUAAACCCUCUGCUUCUUCCAUGGAGGUUUCGAAACGUUUCUCUCUCUACAUUUUCCUCCUCUGCUUCCUCCUACCCUUAAACAGCACCCCCACUGAGUCUGUUUCUGCAGAUGUCGAGCUUCUCCUGGGAAAAAUCAAAGCUUCACUGCAAGGUAACUCUCAGAACUUGCUCUUAUCUUCCUGGAACUCCUCUGUGCCUCUCUGUCAAUGGAGGGGACUCAAAUGGGUUUUCUCCAACGGCUCUAUUUUGCUCUGCACUGACCUAACCUCCCCCCAAUGGACCAAUUUGUCUCUCUCCAGAGACCCAUCUCUCCACCUUUUCUCCCUUCAGCUCCCAUCUGCCAAUCUCUCUGGUUCGCUCCCCAGAGAGCUGGGGGAGUUCUCAAUGCUCCAAAGUUUGUACCUUAACAUCAAUUUCCUCAGUGGGACCGUACCAUUGGAACUUGGGUACAGCUCUUCCCUCUCUGACAUUGAUUUGGGAGGAAAUUUGUUGAAUGGGGUUUUACCACCCUCGAUUUGGAACUUGUGUGACAAUCUGAUUUCCCUUCGGGUUCAUGCAAAUUCGCUGUCCGGGUCGGUUCCUGAACCUGCAUUGCGAAACUCCAGCUGCAAGAAUUUUCAGUUUCUUGAUUUUGGUGGAAACAAGUUUUCUGGGAAUUUCCCAGAGUUUGUAACCCAGUUUGGUGGGCUUAAAGAGCUUGAUCUUGGGAGUAACAUGUUUUCGGGUCCGAUUCCUGAGGGUUUAGCGCAGUUAAACCUCGAAAAAUUGAACCUUUCACAUAAUAAUUUUAGUGGGGUGUUGCCUGUUUUUGGUGGAUCAAAGUUUGGUGUGGAGGCCUUUGAGGGUAACAACCCUGGACUUUGUGGGGCACCUUUGAAAAGUUGCAGUGGAAGCUCUGGGUUGAGUCCCGGGGCAAUUGCCGGCAUCGUUAUCAGUUUGAUGACUGCAACUGUGGUUUUGGCUUCAUUGUGUAUUGGAUAUGUGCAAAACAAGAAGAAAAACAGCAGGGAAGAGAGUGAAGAUGAGUUGGAGGAAGAAGAAGAUGAGGAAAGUGGCGGUGGUGGGGGUGGUGAUCAAGGGAGGCUUAUUUUGUUUCAGGGCGGCGAGCAUUUGACGUUGGAGGAUGUGUUGAAUGCCACAGGACAAGUUUUGGAGAAGACGAGCUAUGGGACUCUUUACAAGGCAAAGCUUUCAGAUGGAGUGACCAUUACUUUGAGGUUGUUGAGGGAAGGUAGUUGCAAGGAUGGGAGCUCUUGUCUUCCUGUGGUGAAACAAUUGGGGAGGAUUCGGCAUGAGAAUUUGAUUCCGCUGAGAGCUUUCUACCAGGGGAAGAGAGGGGAGAAGCUUCUGAUAUAUGACCAUCUUCCUCACAGAAGCCUUCAUGAUCUUUUACAUGAAACCAGAGCGGGAAAACCUGUGCUGAACUGGGCUCGGCGACACAAGAUUGCACUGGGAAUAGCUCGAGGACUAGCGUAUCUUCAUACCGGUCUUGAAACACCUAUCACUCAUGGGACAGUAAAAUCUAAGAAUGUGCUAGUGGAUGAAUUUUCUGUAGCUAGGCUCACAGAAUUUGGGCUUGACAAGCUAAUGAUCCCUACAGUAGCUGAUGAAAUGGUGGCAGUUGCAAAGAAUGACGGUUACAAGGCACCAGAGCUUCAAAAGAUGAAGAAAUGUAGUUCAAGGACAGAUGUUUAUGCAUUUGGAAUUCUUCUGUUGGAAAUUUUGAUAGGCAAGAAGCCUGGUAAAACUGGGAGGAGUGGAGAAUUUGUGGAUUUGCCUUCGAUGGUGAAAGUUGCAGUCUUGGAGGAGACGACACUGGAGGUUUUCGAUGUGGAGGUACUGAAGGGGGUGAGGAGUCCCAUGGAAGAAGGUCUUUUUCAGGCUCUGAAGCUCGCAAUGGGUUGCUGUGCACCGGUUGCAUCGGUUAGGCCCUCCAUGGAUGAAGUUGUGAAGCAGUUGGAGGAGAACAGGCCAAGGAAUAGGUCUACUUUGUACAGCCCCACAGAGACGAGGAGUGAGAUUGGUACCCCAUUUUGAAGCUGCCAUUUCUUCAAAAAUGUUCAAAAUUAUGACUUACAUUAAAUUGAAGGCUUCUUUCGUUCGCUCGCUCGCACUAACGCUUGCUCUUUUAUUUAUUAGCCUAAGCGUCUUCGCAGUUGAAAAUGUUAUGCAUCUCUGAUUCAGUAGAGAAUUGCAGGACUUCAUGGUGAUAGGAUUUCUUCAUUUGGUGCUUAUAUUUUUAGGAUGAAAAAUCAAUUCAUGGUCUGUGUUUUGUGAUGA